AGUGCUGUUUGGACUGAGUGAAAGUACACUUUGUUCUAGGAGAAUUGCCAUAUGGAAGCCUAGAAUAUAUAUUGAGUUCUUCCAAGAAAGGGGGGACAGCUCCUGGUCUAGGACCGCGAAUGCUGACGUGGUCCUGAAUGAGUGAUUGUUACGUGCUCUUCUGCCCACAGGCUCGCUUCUCUUAUGUGCGGAUGAAAUAUCUUUUCUUCUCCUGGUUGGCAGUAUUUGUUGGAAGCUGGAUUAUAUAUGUGCAGUAUUCUACUUACACCGAACUCUGCAGAGGAAAGGACUGUAAGAAAAUAAUAUGUGACAAAUACAAGACUGGAGUUAUUGAUGGGCCUGCGUGUAAUAGUCUUUGUGUUACAGAAACUCUUUACUUUGGAAAAUGUUUAUCCACCAAGCCCAACAACCAGAUGUAUUUAGGGAUUUGGGAUAACCUACCAGGUGUUGUGAAAUGUCAAAUGGAACAAGCACUUCAUCUAGAUUUUGGAACUGAAUUGGAACCAAGAAAAGAAAUAGUGCUUUUUGAUAAGCCAACUAGAGGAACUACUGUACAGAAAUUCAAAGAAAUGGUCUACAGCCUCUUUAAAGCAAAAUUGGGUGACCAAGGAAACCUUUCUGAACUGGUUAAUCUCAUCUUGACGGUGGCUGAUGGAGAUAAAGAUGGUCAAGUUUCCUUGGGAGAAGCAAAGUCUGCAUGGGCACUUCUUCAGUUAAAUGAGUUUCUUCUUAUGGUGAUACUUCAAGAUAAAGAACAUACCCCCAAAUUGAUGGGGUUCUGUGGUGAUCUUUAUGUGAUGGAAAGUGUUGAAUAUACCUCUCUUUAUGGAAUCAGUCUUCCAUGGGUCAUUGAGCUUUUCAUUCCAUCUGGCUUUAGAAGAAGCAUGGAUCAGUUGUUCACACCAUCAUGGCCCAGAAAGGCCAAAAUAGCCAUAGGACUUCUAGAGUUUGUGGAAGAUGUUUUCCACGGCCCCUAUGGAAACUUCCUCAUGUGUGAUACUAGUGCCAAAAACCUAGGUUAUAAUGAUAAGUAUGAUUUGAAAAUGGUGGACAUGAGAAAAAUUGUGCCAGAGACAAAUCUAAAAGAACUUAUAAAGGACCGUCACUGUGAGUCUGACUUGGACUGCGUGUAUGGCACAGAUUGUAGAACUAGCUGUGAUCAGAGUACAAUGAAGUGUACUGCAGAAGUGAUACAACCAAACUUAGCAAAAGCCUGUCAGUUACUCAAAGACUACCUACUGCGAGGUGCUCCAAGUGAAAUUCGUGAAGAAUUAGAAAAGCAGCUUUAUUCUUGCAUUGCUCUCAAGGUUACAGCCAAUCAAAUGGAAAUGGAACAUUCUUUGAUACUCAACAACCUAAAAACAUUGCUGUGGAAGAAAAUUUCCUACACAAAUGACUCUUAAUUCAUUUGGACUUUGUGACCAUUGUAGGAAACUUACCAUGAAGUUUUCAACGUUUUAAAUCAAUGGCUUCUAAUUCAGAUCCCUUUCCCACAGACCUAAGAAAGCAUCAUCCUAAAAUGUUCAAAGGCAGGAGGUGUAUCAACAAGUUCAACUUCAUUCCUGCACUUUUAGAAGCCCUGGUACAUUUCCCCGUACAUUUCACUGUGUAACUGUUUUGACUUAAAUAAUGCUGUGAAAAGCCUCAUUCCAUAAACAUGAACAGUUAAAAAGAGUAUUUUGUAGCUUUGUUAGCCAAAAUACCAUUGCGGAAACAUUGUGUUUGCAUUGAAGCUGCUGUUUAAAGUUUAUACCUACUUACUAAUGUCUUAGCAUGGUAAAGUUUGCACAUUAACAGAAAUUAAGACUGCGAAGCAGGUAAAUUAAAAUUAUUCCUCUAAAAAGAUGGGUUAAUAGCAUGGUUUGUAUUUUAAGUACAUUUUCAUCAAAUAUCACGUGGCUUCACAAAUUCAGAACACUUUCACCAGGAAGUGUUCAGUUUACUCAUAGUUGAUUGCCAGUGUUAAAGAGGUUGUAACUAGGCAAGACUUCAAAGGAUCAUCCGAUUCAAAAGGUCCACUGAAAUUGUUAUGUGAAGGCCAGACUCAAUCCAGAUUAUCUGAACUGAGGCAUGGGGAAGGGGACAACUGAGACCAUGCAACUUUUAGUAGUAACUCCCCAUUUUUGAAUAGUAUUUCCUACUGGCCAAAGGGCUAUUCUGUAAUACGCAUGUAAAUGUAUUCAUCCAUUUUCCUCCUGUCAACUUGGUAUGUAAGGGUAUUUGCUCCUUUCAUGUUAAUUCAAAUUUGGCAUGUACCUUUCAACAGCUUUUGGAGAAAAAAAAAACUAUAUUUUUUGCUCAAAGAAUUUUCCUAAAGUGAACUAUGUUCAAGUAAUUGACACCUUCACUAGACAGCGUUCUCAAAAUUAAAGCCACGGGUUAGCACCAGUUUUGCUUAUUUUACAAUUGUGUACUUUAAAGGUACUUUUUCUUCCCCACUAGUUACAAUAAAUGAAUGGAAGAAAUAUUUCCUAGUGAAUGGUUGGUGUGUUGCUUGCCAAAAGUUAGGGAUAGCAACCAUCACACAGAAACCCAAAAAGCAGGUGUGAACUUUAAUCAAUAUGCAAGACAAUGCUUUCUGGAAAAGGCAACAU